AUGGAAGGUGUGUUGGACUUUGACACAAUCGACGUGGAACUAGAUGAAGACCUUCUAAAGAAACAGAGUAGGAGAUGUAGAGAUGAGUUCUUGAACUCACUGUCUCUUGACGAUGAAGAUGAAGACUUCAUAAUCCCAUUAUUCAAGAAUGUUGAAGAUGAUGAAGCACCCGUGGAAGAAGAACCUUUGGAUGACGAACAGGAGGAGGAAGAAAAUGUAGAUGAAGUUGUGGAUGAAGAGGAAAAUAAUAGUGAAGCUCAGUUUAAAUAUUUCACACAUGAUCCAAACGUGAAAUGA